AUGGCUGAUUAUGCGGCUGGUUAUCCUACCUUCUAUGAAGCGUUAGCCUUCUUUAGGAACAGGAUUGCCGUCAUGCAGAUGCAGAGUCAUCAUCCGUUGACCUCCCCACCUCCCUAUGUGGCUGCAGGGGAGGAGGAGGUGUGGAGUGAAGCUGCAUGGUACUCCUAUUAUGCUGCCGAGGAGUCAUCCGAGGCUGCAGAAGAGUCAUCCGAGGCUGCAGAGGAGUCAUCCGAGGCUGCAGAGGAGUCAUCCGAGGCUGCUGAGGAGUCAUCCGGGGCUGCAGAGGAGUCAUCCGGGGCUGCAGAGGAGUCAUCCGAGGCUGCAGAGGAGUCAUCCGAGGCUGCAGAGGAGUCAUCCGAGGCUGCAGAGAAGUCAUCCGAGGCUGCAGAGGAGUCAUCCGAGGCUGCAGAGGAGUCAUCCGAGGCUGCAGAGGAGUCAUCCGAGGAAGAAACAUCAGAUGAUGCUGAAGCCUCAGGGUACACCUCCGAAGCCUCAGUGGAUCAUUCUGGUUCCACUGAGGGCCUCGUUGAGGCUGCAGUGGUUUCCUCUGACGCUGCGGGUGACGCUUUUAAGAAUGCUUCACAGACAGAGAGCAGCUCUAGCAUGAGCUUCAGCAACAGUGCAAGCAAGGAGAGUGUUGUUUAUCACAGGCUCUACAGCACGGGAGAAUACAUUGACUGCAGUCGUUUUAGCUUUGCCUUUGCUUGGGCAAACGUCACCAGAGACGUGCUCAGUGGUGUCUACAGCACCUUGAAGAAGGGCAGAAAUGAAGGCUCAGAAACGGCAGCAACGUUGUCCACAGCAGUUUCUGUUGACGUGGGAGGUGCUGUGGCUGCUGACGUGAGAGGUGCUGUGGCCGCUGACGUGGUAGGUGCUGUGGCUGCUGACGUGGGAGGUGCUGUGGCUACUGACGUGGGAGGUGCUGUGGCAGCUGACGUGGGAGGUGCUGUGGCUGCUGACGUGGGAGGUGCUGUGGCAGCUGACGUGGGAGGUGCUGUGGCAGCUGACGUGGGAGCUGCUGUGGCUGCGAAAGUGAAAUUGGCAGCAGCCAGCCUGACUCCGCCGCUGCCUUCAUGCAUCCCCAAGCCUGGCACUGGAUGCUCUGCCAGCAAGGCUCGGGCAAGGACGACAGCAGCAAGUGAAAACCUGCUGCCGUCCCUCAUUCCCAAGCUACGGGUCAGCAGGAAAGCAAUGCCAGCAGUGGAGGCUUCUUCAAGGGCUGCUGAUCCUGUGGUAACCCGUCCUGUAGUCACAGCAAGCAGCAGCUCAGGCGGGCAGGAGGAGAGGAGGAAUGGCAGUGUGUGGUGCAGAGGGAGCCAGCCUAUCGGGGUGAGCAAGGCAGCAGCAGCAGCAAGGCCUCCAUGGAGGCCGUGA